AUGUUAUCAAAUUCAAUAGAAGAUGGUAAUACAAUUGUUCAACGUUUAAAUACCAAUGAAAAACUUCAAUUUGUUCGUCAAAUGACUGAAACAACAAAUAAUUUAUAUUAUUUCGAUUUACAACGUCAACUCUGGCAAGAUUAUUUUGAUCUUGACAUAAAAGAAAAUAAAUGGGCACCACGAGUAUCAAAAUGUUUUGUUAAACAACAUUAUACAUGUCGUACAUAUGGGUUUCCUAAACAUAUAGUUGAACAACGUCUACAAACCAUCACACAACAAUUUCAACGUACAAUAAAUGAAUUACAACAAUAUAUAUUACAAUCAGAACAAAAUGUCAAACAUUGGCAGCCAUACAUUCAUCCAGCUAUUUUAUUCAAUGCUAUAAAUGAAUGUGUGAAAAGUGCUCAACAACAAUUAAGACAAGAAUUUGAUUAUAAAAAGAAAAUGUUAGCAUUAGAUUCAAAUGAUCCAAAACAAAUCUGGCAAACAACAGUAAGUAUAUUAAAAACAAAAGCACAAGAAGAAAUUCUCCGUAAAAGAAUUUUCUUACGACGAUUACCAAGUGCAUAUGAUAAAACGAUUAAUCGAUCCAUGGACUAUGUCCAACUGAUGCUUUCAAACCAAGUUCUUGAUAAAGAUCGACGUGCUAGUUUGGUAUCAAAUUAUUCAAAAACAAUUACACAAUAUAAAUUUGAUUUAAUGACUUUAAAUCUUGACACUAUUCAAAACAUAAUACGUGUUCAUCAACAACUACUUAUGGAUUUACGGAAUAAAUUGGUACUGUGUUGCAGUGAAUUAUUAAUUCAAGCAAUUG